AUGGCUGAUACACAAAACCGAUACUACCCCCUGGACUCUUCGCUGGCCCGGAAGCACAGGGGGAGACUUAAUCCUAUAAUUGAGGAGGAUAGCGAUGAUGGUAUGGUUCAAAAUGGAGGUCGCAGGACGAGACGCGCUGGCAAUGCCCAACUCAAGAUUGAGGCAUGGUUAACACCGAUGAGCGACCACUUCCCUACACCACGAGGAAUGAACUAUCUUUCUGCUCCUAUUCUCCCAUCAUCACCUUCAACCGACUCGGCUGCGGACACUUCACCAACCACCUCCAGCAACCCCUGGAAUCGCCAUAGUGUCGCCACCGAGGCCACGGAGUUUGAGGAUCUCUACGAUGUGACUGAUGAUGAAGAGGAUAUGCUUAAGCGAAAAGCGUCUGCUAGGUCGAGGCAGGUCCUGGCCAAGCAACCAACUCCGCUCGUCAUUCCAGCAACACGCGAUAACUCUGUUGAGACGUGGUCUGCUGUGGACAACAUGAAGAAGUCGAUGACUUCUCCAGUCCCUCUGACCCCUUCUGUCAAACUGACCAUGUCACCUGCUCAGAUGGAGUUCAUGCAUGAGCAACAUGCAGCAGAGACACCAACCAUGUCAGCUCCCCCAUCCUUGGAUGGGAGUUUGACUUCUGAGCAGCUCGCGGCUAUGAGCGCCCCGCCCACACCCAUAAUCGGUAAUGAGGAUUCAAACGCCGAAGAUGCUUGGGCUGGCGUUCAACUACAACCCGGCGCUCUUGCUACCCUCCACGCCCUUGCUAGUGGCGAGGAGAACCUUCAUGAACAGCCAUCUCAAGUUCUUGAGGUACCUGAACAACAUUCUGCCCAGCCAGCUGUCGAGAUGCGACAACAACCACUGCGACUCAUCACCAGCUUCCAGUCGCAGCCAGCUAUCAACAGAGCCUUCUCUCCCAACCCUAACCGUCAGUCUCUUGCAGACUUGACAAAGCUUGAUAUUCCAUCUCCAGGUGGCUUCUUCUCCGGUCUAUCUCCCCGAAGCCGAAACACAUGGCACAUGCCCUCCAAGUCCCCCGAGGACAUGCCGCCACCUACGUCCACCACCGCUGAACAGUUCUACCGAUGUCCCUGGAACAUGGAUGCUUCGGUUCCCCCUGUCCCUAAGCGUAAGGAACUCGUCGAGGACUUUUAUCGUAGUGUUAGGUUUACACCCGCCCCCACUGGGCCCAUCGUUGAGCAAGUCGUUGAGCUUAAGGAGGAGGAUGACUUCUCGGACGACAUGCCCACUGCUCGACCCGUUUUUGAACACAAGACUGCUCCCUCUACUGUCGAGUCCGCCAAUGCCCCAGCUUCACCUCAGGCUGAGGAUGCUCCCACCGAGAUUGUGGUCGACUACGAUCCUGAGUAUGCUCGCAAGCAACAAAAGGAGGCUCUCUCCCAUUUUGAUCGCACUGAGCUUUGGCUCAUGGCCCAACGAUCUUACCUUCGUGGUGUACAAGAUGAGUCAACCGAGGACGAUGGUGGGCUCAACACUAUCACUGAGGAGGCUGAGGAGGAAAUUGAAGCUCCUCAAAUUCAAACUGAACUUCCUCCUCUCAAGGUUCAGCCCGAAACUUCCAUUGUUCCUGUCAAGAAGAGCGUUCGUUUCUCCAACCUUGUCUCAACUUCUGAUCACCCCAAGCGUCUGCCUUCCAUGCUCGUCCGCCGCGAGUCUGCCUACUAUCGGGCAUUCCAAGACUAUAUCAUCCGCAUCCAGCGCCAGGAUGUGUUUGUCCACCAGCUUGCUCGAUUUGAGGCUAUCCAGGCUCAGCGCGUUUCCCUUAAGGAGUCUCACCGCAACCAGCUUCUCGGCAAGUACCAGCUCAGCGUCGUUCCCCAGUCCGCCAAGAAGAGACUCAGCGCCAAUGUUGCUCGUGGCGAUGAUAACAUCAUUGACGACCCUGAGAAGCUCCGCCGAGAGAAGGAAGUUGAGGCCAUGAACCAGAUGACCGUUGCUGCGUGGCAUGUUGCCGCCAUGAAGAUGCUUAACGGUGGUCGCCUCAUCUCUGCUCCAGUGACCAAACGACUUGCUCGUCUUUCUCGUGCAGCCCCUGGACAUGGCGGCACUACUCGUGAGCGCGCUAGAGUCCUUGACUUGGGCGGGCAGACUACCUGCGACUGGGCAUGGCACUGCGCGCUCCAGUUCCCCAACACUAAGGUCUACACUGUCACCACCAAGUCCAUUCGUCAACUUUCCAACUGCAAUGUCCGUGGUCCCCCCAACCAUCGACAAGUUGCUGUUGAGAAGUUUUCUCGCCUCCCCUUCUCAGACAACCAAUUCGAUCUCAUUUCUGCCCGGGAGCUUCACAGCAUCCUCAAGCUUUUUGGUGAGAACGGGGAAGACGAGUGGGACACCUGUCUCAAGGAGUGCAUGCGCGUUCUCAAGCCUGGUGGCUAUCUUGACUUCUCACUCUUGGAUUCAGACAUCAUCAACGCUGGUCCCGUUGGACUGGCAAAGAGCGUUGAGUUCGGCUUUGCCCUCAAGACUCUUGGUUAUGACCCUAACCCUACCAAGCUUUGGCUUGGUCGCCUGGCCCGUGCCGGCUUCCAAGACACUCGCCGCAUCUGGAUGUGUCUACCCAUGGGUGCCAGGCGAAACAUGUUCAAGCCUCCUACCCCUCCUUUGAAGGAUAGCCCUAAUGGCCAGGAUGUCAAGACCUGCCAGAUGGACGCCAUGGUUAUGGGAAGCAGUGAUGAUAUUGCUAGCGCUUGCAGCAUUGCUGGCGGCUGGAACUGGGAGCGAUGGCUCCUUCGCUGUGAGAUGGAGAAGGUUGCUGGUGAGCUCCGACUCGCCGAUACUACUACUACUGGAACUGCCAUGGAGGAGGCUGGCAAGUGUCUGGAUGGCGUUGCUGCCGUGUUCGAGGAGGGCCGAAACUGCAAAUCCGGCUUCCGAAUGCUCAGCGGUUAUGCUCAGAAGCCCAAGGCUGGUACUGAGACCAUCAAGAUUGCUCUCUUACAGAACAUGGUGUUCGGAUCCUACUUGACGGAAUAAAGGUUUUCUUUUGUAUGAAGAUUAUUUGAACAGGAAUAAAAAUAUCGAUAGGACCAAACACAAGUUAAUUAUACAGCUCAAAACCAAAAACGCAGUGUGACUCAUUAAGUCAGGUCAACAUUGAAAGUG